AUGGCUCUUGAACUUCCGCCUGUCUAUCUUCUUCCCACUCACUUGAAACCAGACGAACUACACGAACUCGAAGAAAAGAUCCCAAGCUUGACAUAUAACAUACAAGAAGCCAACAUUGUCAUUGGGAAAAUCUCCCAGCGAGAAAGGGCACUUUUCGAACUUAGACGCGGAAAAGUGCUGACCGAUCCCAUAGAUGCGACUAGAAUCUCUGAGUCGCCAUCCGCAACUCCUCGGAAGCGCAAGAGGGCACUGUCUGGUAGUGGUAGCGAGUCGACCUUGUACAGUGAAGAUGGAGAAAAGUACGGGCCAGUUCCAAUGCAGACCAUAAAGGCUCUUGCGAACAAGUCUGGCAACACCAAUAUUGUCAAAGUUGUAAAGCUUGCAUGGCUCACGGACUCUCUUGCGCAAGGCGAGAUUCUUCCGCUUCGCAACUAUCUUCUUUAUGAAGGCCGCAAGAAGGGUACGUCCGAGACGCCUACCACGGCCAAGGGAAAUGGCAUAUUAUCUCGCGCUGCAACCGACGACCUCUGGCAAACACACAACAGCGUCUGCCUUGAAGAGAGGAGAAAAUAUCCUGCGGACAUGCAUCAAGCAACGCCUUCGCUGCUUAGGCAGACGACCUCGGAGCACGAUUCAGUGCUUAAGCUGCCACCGAUACCAUCGUUCCUCGGGUCAACGUUUGCCUGUCAAAGACCGACCCCUGUUGAUCCUCCAAAUGGCAUAUUUGUUGACGAGUUGAAGAAGAUACGGCUUAAUCGAAAAAUGGUGGGCGAUCAAAUAGGGGUGAGGGCCUACUCGACAUCCAUAGCAACCCUAUCAGCAUACCCUUAUGCGAUUGCCACGCCACAAGAGGUGGCAAGACUCCCUGGCUGUGGUGUUAAGGUUGCCGAGCUGUGGCAUGAGUGGAAGGAAUCUGGCAGGCUUUGUGAAGUAGAUGAGGCCCAAGCCGAUCCCAGGCUGUCAGUGGUAAAAAAAUUUUACGAUAUCUGGGGAGUUGGCGACAUCACGGCUCGAGAUUUCUAUAAUAGAGUUGAAUCUAUUGCUGACACCAUUCUGGUACAUGCCCGCAACAUCAAUCCGGGGUUCGAGCUAGUCAUUGUCGGUGGUUACCGGCGUGGGAAACAGGGCAGUGGGGAUGUCGACGUAGUGAUCAGCCACCGGGAUGAGUCUGCUACGUUGCACUUCGUCAACAAAUUGGUCGUGAGCUUGGAGAAGAGCCGACACAUCACACACACGCUCACGCUGAGUAAUCACAACAGUGAGCGUGGCCAGCGGCCCGUCAGUUGGAAGGGCAACGAGUCAAAAGGGAGCGGUUUCGACACCCUUGACAAGGCACUUGUGGUGUGGCAGGAGCUCGAGAUCGAGAGCCACAAGAGGUAUCCAAAAGAAACGAAAGAGAAGCCGCACCGGCGGGUGGACAUCAUCAUCAGCCCCUGGAAGACGGUUGGAUGUGCAGUUCUAGGUUGGAGCGGCGACACAACGUUUCAACGAGACCUGCGUCGUUACUGCAAGAAGCAGAAGAGCUUCAAGUUCGAUAGCAGCGGUAUCCGAAGCCGAGUUGAUGGUAGCUGGAUCGACCUGGAAGGCGGGAAGCUCGGGAAAGCUCCUGACAUGCUGACUGCCGAGAAGAGAGUAUUUGAGGGUCUUGGCCUCGAAUGGGUGCACCGGGUGAAGAGGAGGAUACCCCCCUGUGGCAGAUCUUGUGGUGAAGCGGAAGUUAAAAUGGCGUGCUGGAUCCCGCCAGCUUUUCAUUGGGAGGAAAGCGCUCCAGACGCCCCGAAGCGCGCUCAAUCACCUUUCGCGGCUUGA